GGCAGCAGGGUUGGGGCUUACAUGAAAAUAUAAUUAUUUAGAAAUGUCAGAACUCAUUUCGGAACUAUCAAAACUAAGUGAUUUGGAGCGCACGACAGAAGAGCUUUCCACCCAAGUAAAGUCUGUAACAGGAAAAGAUCACUAUGCUGAAACUGACGAUGAUCUGAUCAAACUCCAACUUAAAAAUACCAAGCUCAAACAUCGUUUAUCCAUAAUUAGGCAGUCCAUAGCUUAUGAAGCCAAGUCAGCAAUGGAGGUUACCGAAAGUUUUUCGAUCACGGAGCAUUUGGAAAACGUUUUUGCAAGAGCUAUUUCAUUGGCGUUUCCGGAAUAUGGAAACAUACCAGUCAUAAUUGCACCAGUGAAUAGUGCCUCUGCAAAGUAUGGUGACUAUCAGUGUAACAAUGCGAUGGGUUUGGCCAAAAAAAUGAAAGAAAUGGGUGUUAACAGAACACCACGUGACAUCGCUAACGAGUUACAAAAAUGUUGUCCACUAUCGCCGAUCAUAAAUAAGCUGGAAGUUGGCGGUGCUGGGUUUGUGAACGUGUAUCUUAGCAAAGAUUAUGCAGCUCAAUCUUUAAAGAACAUAUUACGUAAUGGUAUCAAACCUCCAAGGGUUCUUAAAAGGCGAGUUUUGGUGGAUUUUUCUUCACCUAAUAUAGCCAAGCAGAUGCAUGUUGGCCACUUACGCUCUACAAUUAUUGGCGAAUCAGUUUGCCGCUUACUGGAAUUUUUGCAACACGACGUAAUUCGUAUAAAUCAUCUUGGUGAUUGGGGAACACAAUUCGGUAUGUUAAUUGCACAUUUAGAAGAUCGCUUUCCCGACUUUCUCAACAAAAGCCCACCAAUUGGAGAUUUACAAUCCUUUUAUAAGGAGUCAAAGAAACGCUUUGACACGGAGGAAGAGUUCAAGAAGCGCGCUUACAAUCGAGUAGUUUCACUGCAAAGCGGUGAACCAAACUCCAGAAAAGCAUGGCAGCUUAUUUGUGAUGUUUCGCGACAGGAAUUUCAGGCUAUAUAUGACCGUUUAGAUGUAACACUUAGAGAACGUGGUGAAUCCUUUUAUCAAUCACGUAUGUUAUCUGUGGUUGAUUUUUUACGAAACAAAAAUAUGCUUGAACAUGAUGAGGGCCGUCAAAUCAUGUGGCCAAACGAAGACAGGAGUGGCAUACCUCUAACAAUCGUAAAGUCGGAUGGUGGUUUCACCUAUGACACUUCUGAUAUGGCUGCUAUACGCCACCGCAUAGAAGAGGAACAUUGCACAUGGAUAAUUUAUGUUGUAGACUCCGGACAAAGUACACAUUUUAAUACCAUUUUUAAAGCGGCGGAGCGCUGUUGUAUUCUCAAUCCGACCGCCCACCGUGUUCACCAUGUACAGUUUGGCGUGGUUCUUGGUGAGGAUGGAAAGAAAUUUAAGACCCGUUCUGGUGAUACCGUUAAACUAUCAGAUCUUCUUAAUGAGGGAAUGAAACGUUCAUUAGAGCAACUACGCAGUCGAGGCCGCGACGAAAUUCUCACAGCUCAGGAACUAUUUGAAGCACAAGAGGCAGUGGCUUAUGGUUGCAUAAAAUAUUCAGAUUUAUGCCACAACCGUAUCAGUGACUACGUGUUUUCAUUUGACAAGAUGCUAGACGACCGCGGUAAUACUGCAGUUUAUUUAUUAUACACAUACACACGUAUUUGCUCUAUUGCACGUAACUUAGGUGAUGACUUCUGUUACUUGCUAAAGGUUUUAGAUACCGUCGAGAUUGUUUUGAAUCACGAAAAGGAGUGGAAGCUGGCAAAAACCCUUUUAAAGAUGCACGACAUAAUGAUCAAGUGCUCGAAAGACCUUUUCCUUCAUUUUCUUUGUGAGUUUUGCUAUGAGGUAUGCACUGUAUUUACAGAAUUUUAUGACAGUUGCUAUUGCAUUAAGAAAAACAAAGAUGGAGAGAUAAUUGAAGUAAAUCGUAGUCGAGUUUUAAUGUGCGAGGCAACUGCAGCAGUAUUGCGUCAAUGUUUCUACAUACUAGGACUAAAGCCAGUUUCUAAACUUUAACUUUGGUAGGAAAAUGUUUUUAUAAAAAUAUACAC